AUCCUACACUUUGCUAUGGACCGUAAACGCAGCCAUUGCCCCGGAGGUUCUUCUUCUUCGCCUCCCGUCAACAAAACCCGAUCGUUAGCUGCUGGUUUACGGAGCUCAGAGGAUUUUUACUCACGGAUUCCUCCUCAAAAAACGAAAAUGGCUGAAGUAGAAGAAACUCUGAAGAGGAUCCAGAGCCAGAAAGGAGUUCAGGGAAUCAUCGUCGCCAACUCAGAAGGAAUCCCCAUCAAAUCAACGCUGGACAACCCGAGCACGGUGCAGUAUGCGGGGCUGAUCCACCAGCUGGUGAUGAAGGCCAGGAGCACCAUCAGAGACAUCGACCCCCAAAACGACCUCACCUUCCUGCGCGUGCGCUCCAAGAAGAAUGAGAUAAUGAUCGCUCCAGAUAAGGACUUUUUCCUCAUCGUCAUCCAGAACCCGUCAGAUUGAAGAUGAACUGAUGACUGACUGUUCACUCUAUUUCUCCUUCAUAUUUAAACAGACCAUUUUUUCUUCUCAUUCAAUUAAAAAUCUUGUUUAGCAGAAGCUUUUUAUGCACUUGCUGUACGAGGAAAUUAGGUCAGGAUGUGAAGCUGCAGGUGAUGAGAUGUGUGACCCUGCAGGCCCAUUCUUUUCCAUGUUUUAGCAUCCCAGCUCCUCUCUGUGUGUGCUGUACCUUAUGUCACUGUUUAUUUCACGUGUAUUGUAGCAAACAGCCAGAUCUGUGAUAGAAGUCGCAGACAGAAACUGGAGGCGAGCACACUGGUACACCAGACAGCCCAGAGGACGUGCUUUGUUUCAUUUAGCCCAUCUUACAGGAAAGCUGCAGAUUAUUUAUUGUUUUGAUGGUAAAAAUAUUAAGGAGCAGUGUUUCACAGGCGAGCAGAGAACUACACUACAAACACGUCUCUGCUCUCACAUCAAGUUUCUGGUGAUUGUUUGUAACAAAUUAAGAAAUUAAAAAAUCCGAAUGGUCCCGCA